AUGAGCUCGUACAGCUACGACCCGUAUUACAGCUCGUACAAGCGCAGGGUGGUGGAGAGCGCCCCCCGCAUCCACAUCAGGAGCAGCUAUGUGUCCCCCAGCAGGAGCAGCUUCUCCCCGUCCAUCUCCUCCGUCCGCAGGAGCUACACCGCGUCCUCAUCACACUCAUCCGCCCUCAUCCCCAGCGCCGACUCCUUCGACCUCAGCCAGGUGGCGGCCAUCAGCAGCGACCUGAAGGUGGUCCGCACCCAGGAGAAGGUGCAGCUGCAGGACCUCAAUGACCGCUUCGCCAACUUCAUCGAGCGGGUCCACGAACUGGAGCAGCGCAACAAGGUGCUGGAAGCCGAGCUGCUGCUGCUGCGCCAGAAACACAGCGAGCCGUCCCGGCUGCGCGAUCUCUACGAGCAGGAGGUCAGGGAACUGCGUCUGGCGCAAGAAGAUGCCGCGGGGGAGCGGCAGAGCCUGCGGGCGGAGCGGGAGAGGCUGGAGGAAGCGAUGCGGGCUAUGGAGGGUCGGUACAUGGAGGAGUCCCUGAGCCGAGAAGACGCAGAGGCCAGGCUCAUGGAGCUCAGGAAAGAAGCCGAUGGGGCAGCCCUGGCAAGGGCCGAGCUGGAGAAGCGGAUGGACAGCCUGCUGGACGAGAUCGCCUUCCUCAAGAAGGUCCACGAAGAGGAACUGGCGCAGCUGCAGGCGCAAAUCCAGUACGCGCAGAUCUCGCUGGAGGUGGACGUGUCCAAGCCGGACCUGAGCUCGGCUCUUCGGGACAUCCGCGCUCAGUACGAGAAGCUGGCGGCCAAGAACAUGCAGUCCGCGGAGGAGUGGUUCAAGUCCCGCGUCACCGUGCUGACGCAGAGCGCCGCCCGCAAUACUGACGCAGUGCGGGCCGCCAAGGACGAGGUGUCCGAGAGCCGGAGGCUGCUCAAGUCUAAGGGACUGGAGAUCGAGGCGUGCAGGGGGGUAAAUGAGGCUCUGCAGAGGCAGAUCCAGGAGCUGGACGACAAGCAGAACGCAGAGAUAGCGGGCAUGCAGGAAGCUAUAAGUAAUCUAGAAGAGGAGCUGAGGAGCACUAAGAGCGAGAUGGCGCGGUACCUGAAAGAAUACCAGGAUCUCCUCAACGUCAAGAUGGCCCUAGACAUUGAGAUUGCGGCAUACAGGAAACUUUUGGAAGGAGAAGAGACCCGCCUGAGUUUUUCCAGCGUCGGCGCCAUUACCAGCGGCUACACGCAGAGCACCCCAGUUUUCGGGCGCUCCGUGUACAGCCUGCAGAGCAGCUCAUACGUUCCGAGUCGCACAUACGCCACCUACUACUCCAGUCACGUCCAAGAAGAACAGCUGGACAUAGAGGAGACUAUUGAGUCAUCCAGGGCAGAGGAAGCCAAAGCGGAAGCUCCAGAGGAGGAAGAGGCUACAGAGGAAGAGGAAGGAGGAGAGGAGGCUGAUCAAGAAGCUGGGGAGGAAGAGGAGGAGGCCAAGGAAGACGAUGCUGAAGAAGAGGGUGAAGAAGAAAAAGAAGAAGAUGCUGCAGAAGAGGAAGAAAGUUCGGAUAAAAAGUAGUAGAUUGUACGGGAGAAUAAAAGUGUUUCGGCAGCCCGUAGGCCGUGUACCCAGACGCACCCGGCUACCCCCGUCACCUGGAUAAUUGUAUUAUUGUAGGUGGCUACAGCAGAGUCCUACCCCCCCCGGCCCCCGCAGUGCAUGGUGAAUACAGAUUCGUUUACAACCCAGAGAUUCCCGUUUACCUUCAGUGUACAGAAAACCCACCGAGGACACGAAUCCAGCCUCCUCGCUACCGCAGGGGCAGCCCUGAAACAUGUAUUCUAACCAUGAGAACACCACCCGACGCAGCUUGGAACAUGCGCAUUGCCGGAAUUCUGUGGUUUAACCCUUCCUAUGACUGGAAGGUUAAACUUAUGGAGCUCCCAUAGUUUGCUGCAGAGUUCCCUGCGUCUGAAGUGUCUUCUGACCCCGUUAUGUACAUAGUCAGGAGGCGCUCGUUUGGCAGCGAAGUUAAGGUGACCCCUCAGCUAUUCCAUUCUCCCCCCUCUGCACUGUGAGCUAACAGAGAGUCGCAGAUCAAUGGCUUUUGUGGAUAUGUGCAAUAAAGAGGCUAAACAGCAUUCUCUCCCUGCCAGCUGCAAA